AUGGCCAACUUACACACAGCAUUCGACGUUCUAGCCAGAGGACCCUGGGGCUCGCUCUGCCCCGCCGUCGCACUUGUAGCGGCACUGUUGCCUUUCGAUCGGGCGCGUGUCCAGGCAACGGCUCCGGGGGCCAGCCCGAAGGGACGACAGGGGGCGGGGGCGGCGAAGCGGCACAAGGGUAGCCGAAAGCGGUCGAGCGGCGGCGACGGCGGGGGCGGCGGCGGGGGCGGGGGCGGUCGUCCAGAACGCGCGAGGUUUAACGGGACGCGUUACGAUAAUGACACCGACGCAGGCGCCGCCGGUGCGGAGGACACCGACGGCACCGCGGAGGUCGAUGUAGCCGUCGUGCGGAGUGACCGAACGCAUGAUGGUGCCGGGAGGGGGAGCGACGAGGUGGAGGCGGGAACGGAGCGUCGGGGGGAAAGUGAGGGAGGCGCGACGGCGGAGGCGGAAGCGGGACCGGAGGCGGUGAUGAUGAAGAAGACGCGAGGCGCCCCGAAGCACUCCUCGAACAGCCGAGAAGCGACGCAGCGGCGAGAAGUGGCGCGGAAUAGCCAAGACGAGAAGCCCGACAACGAUGAUGACGACAAUGAAACUCCUAGGGAAGAAGGCGGGGGGAGCGGGGGCAACCGGCACGAGACGAAUGCCCCGAAGGAGAGGGCGCAAGAGAGCGGUGCCGAUGGCAGCGGCGGUGACGGCCAGCCCGGGAAUAUCAGCGGCAACGUCGGCGCCGCUGCCGUGGGGGCCGCGCUGGCGGAGCUUCGGGAAACCGACGAGCGGGAGGGGGGGAAAGCCGAAGUUGUCGUUGCUGUUGGCGCCGAUGACGCCAAUGAGGACCAGGAGGUGGAGGAGGAGGAGGAGGCUGUGGAGGAGUGCAAGGCUAUCGGCCCGUGCGUGUGGUGCGAGAAGGAUGAGGUCAGCCUGGAGUACUGCAAGGAGACGGGCCGGCGGGAGGAGGUGCGGUGUACUGUCCAGGGCGCGGCACAGAACAUGGCCGCGGGAGUCGCGGGGGGGGCGGUCGGCGUGCUGCCGAGUUCGGUCAAGUACCGUUCUUGCCCUUACGCAGAGGAGGACGAGUUCCUGGGGCUCUUGCACUUCUGGAUCUUCAUGGUGGCGGUGGGAGUUUCGGCGUGUUUCUGUUUGAGAAAACGGCAGCAAAAGGGCGGCUCGCUGUACAGCCGGCGGGCCAAGUGACGGAGGUUGCGCCCCAGCCCAUCGUCUCGGUCGGGUGGAGAUGUAACCCGCGUUGACCGCCUGCAUCCGGCCGUGUUCGCCGCCGGCAUGGACGGUGACUCCGCGAUGCCAAUCUCUCCAAGGCGGUUUCACGCGAUACGGAACGUCACUGCUUUCGUGCUUGUAUCACCACUUGUAUCUCGGCGAGCGGUGGCGCCGAGGGUGCGGAUGAACCUCAGACCGGCGCUCUUCACGGUAGUCCUUGUAGAGAGUCGGUUGCAGGCGGGGCGUUUCACUUUUCCUCUAGGUUAUUGCGGCGUUCGCCACUACCGUAUAUGACACAAGAUAACACACCCCCUUGACCGAUUUUCACAGCUCGAUUUCUCAACAGCAGGAAGAGUCACAGCGCCGAAAAUGGCGGCGUUGGAACCGUCUCGUCGAGGGCAUUCCGAAAAUGUAUCGUUUCGUUGGUUCAUCCUCUUCGUCGUGGAGUAGUCGAGCUUUGAAAAUCGGUCUAGGGGGUGUGUUGUCUUGUGUCAUACACGGUAUCUUGCUGUGUGGUGUGCCUCUGGCCGGGUUGUAGUGUCGCUGUGCUCUCGCCGGUGUUCGUUCGUCUUUUCUCCAGCCGGCGCGUGCACAAACUGGAAAUUCAGAUCUUUCGGGCUUGAAAGCGUGUCGCGUGCACUGCGAUCUGUCCGACUUGGCGGGUAGGUAAGUUGUUGCUGGCUCAUCGAGCAACACUGGGAUGCGAUGGGCUAGGAUCCAGGGGGCGCACUGUUCUCCACGGAAAGCGGUAGGAACGUUGUGUCUACGUACGUGUGGUAUUAUUUGAAAGUGUAUCCACUGCUUUUCCUUCCGGUCCACUAGCAGUGCGAUCCAUAUCUAAUGCGGUAUUGUCUUAGUUUGCGGGUGCCUUCAAAAGGGACGAGUACGUGGGAGAGGCGAGAAGCAGCAGCAGCAGCAGCAGCAUGCGCGCAUUUAUUUAUGGCCUGAUAUCUUCUGAGUGUAGUUUUUGAACGAUUUUGACGAGAUGGUGGUUCUACAGUAUGGCGCCGGUUGGGUUGGUAAAUGGACGCAAGCACGUUCAGGCCGGUCUUCGAUGGUGAUACAUGCGUGGAGGCUGCCGCUUGGCCGUUGUAUACUCUAGUCUGUGGAGAUAGUCGUCUCAGAGAGAAUGUGCAUUUGUUUGUGCCGAACACCUUGUUUGUGUUAUCCCCUUUCGAAUCACUGAUGACCGUGGCAUUUGAUCCGCGUUCUAGGCGCCUCUUUGGCGGCUUCGGAGUGGAUCGGUUCCCCUCAUUUGCCCAGGUUCAGAAUUUCUGAGCUUGCGGCGAGUGGGCGUAUGCGGAACCUCCCCAGCCUACACAUUGUGGUGCAUGCCUGCAGUGACGUGUUGGCGUUCGCGUGACAUUUCAGAAUGGUUGAUUUCGAAGCAUGUAUUGACGUCCUACUUCUGUGCGCGUUUCAUGAAGUUUUCGGAGUUUUGUUCCUGGCCUAUUUGAUAACCGUGGCAAGCUUUGUCAGACUCUACAGCAGAGGUGUUGUUCCGGU